GACAGGUGCGUACCCAGAAUGCACUGCCUGUCCUUUGGUAACCCCAAGAUGGCGGAGGACAAUCAGCUGCUCGGUUUGACGCUUCUAAACUUGAUCUUGUUUCUCUCCCUCUUCUGUCCGUGUUUCGUUGGUGGAGUUGCUGUGAGGGAGAAUGUGGAAGUGCACCAGACCAAGGUGAUGCACCAGUGGAAUGGCUUCGGUAGCGCACAGGUUUUCCACUUUACCAUCCCUCGGGCAGCCAUCGUCUCCAGGUUUGAACUGCAGGCUGUCAAACUGGCUGGCAAUCAGGAAUCAGCUGCAUCCUGUCCCAACAGGACUAUACAUGUUGCAUUUCAGUCUGGCUCUUUUCCUGUAGUCAACCCCAAAAAUGCAUCCUUUCCUGCAAACACCUGGCUAAAAAGGACCAAUGCUUUCCAAGUCAAUGUGUCUUCAAGAAGUUGGCUGGAGGUGAAGAACCCAGCCCCUGGAGACUGGUAUGCAGCAGGGUAUCUCUCUCAUCAACCUGAGAAGAUGACUCAAAGGGAUCUGACAGUAUCUUGUACCUACAUGCUUGGUAUCAUCCAUACCACUGUGUACCUGGAUGAAAUACCUGUGCUGUCUGACCGAGGUGCACUUUAUCACAAGAUGCUGUCAUCAGGGAGCGACAUAGCUGGCUUUAGGUACUUUGUCCCUACCAACACAUUGAGUUUCCAAGUCACCAUCAGUGAUUGCCAUCAGGCACCCGUGAACUCCACAGCUGGCUGUCCUGUUAUCUUACUCCUCAAACCUGCAUCACUACCAUUGCCUGGUAGCGAAGAGAACAAUGUCAACUGUUCUACCAUGGAGGAAGACUGCAGCAUCAAUAGUGACACCCCACCCAUCCAGAGCACCUGGUAUUACCUGGAAGUGACACGGUUGCCAGGCAACCUAACCAUCAGCUUUAAUAUUGAAGUCAAGGUGACAGCUUGUGACAAAUCCCAAGGCUAUCUAGAUGAAGUAGGAGAGAUUCAUCCAGACCAGGUGAACAGUAGCCUGCCUUCUCAUGUGCACUUGUGGAAGAAAGUCAUUACCAACAGGGGCACUGUCAUGGCUGACCAGGGUCCAGAUGGAGGAUCCAUGACUACCAUGGGGGAAAAAGUACCCAUCAAGAGGAAGCACCGGUUUCAACGGUCCCUGGCUAAAUCCUCUCACAUUGAGCUUACUUCUCAGAACACAUUGACCAACCAGUGCCCAGUCAUCCAUUGGCUCCAGCGGUUUAAGAGUCCGUACCCCUUCCAGACAUCUUUUGUAUUGGAUGAAGUAGAUCCAGGUGUACCAGAGUCAGACAGACUCAGUGUGUUCAGCUUCCACAUUCUACCAGUGGAGGACACCGGGGGAACCUUGAACAUAGGACUGGACAUAUGGAGUCCUCACCCUGACCUGCUUGUGAGUGUACGGCUGUGUAUCCGGGUUGGAGCUCCACCCAGUCAGGAAGGCUCCAAGUUCAGCUGUGAACCUCACCAUGAACUGCUGACCAACGGCACCAAUACAUGGUAUUUCCCGUUCCCAGAGCCGGGAGUGUGGUACCUAACAUUGGACAAGACAUGCUGGAAUGUCUCUGGAUCAGGUAAUGACAGUGUUGAGGUGAACUGUUCCAACCUCACCAGUGCAGUGGAGCUGAGGACAGAGAUCACGCCAUGUAUUAAUGACUGUGGACAGAAUGGAGCAUGCCACACCUACUACAGUGGUGUUUUCUUCUAUGCUGCCUGUUCCUGUGAAGAUGACUGGACAGGCUGGGGCUGUACUGAUGGGACAAAUUCGCUGUCUUACAACAGCAAGCUGGUCCGUGUCCUGCUGCUGACCCUCAGUAACCUCAUGUUCAUCCCAGCCAUCUGUGUGGCUAUCUACAGGAAGUUCUACGUGGCUGCCCUGGUCUACACCUUCAACAUGUUCUUCUCCACCUUCUACCAUGCCUGUGAUGAGCAGACAGUGCGCUACUGCCUGACCAAGUACAGCCUCCUGUCCUUCUGUGACUUCUUUGCCUCCGUCUUGUCCUUCGUCGUCACCCUGGUUGCCAUGGCGAAGCUGCCCGAGCCGUGGCGUGGACUGGCCCACAUGGCUGGGGCCCUAGGGGUGUCAGCUGGGGUGCAGUAUGAUGCCCAUGGUUUGUGGGUGUUUGCUGUACCUGUAGGUGUGCUGGCGGUUGUAGUGCUCAUCUCCUGGAUUCUGCAGUGUCGCAAGAGGAAGAAGAUGUACCCAUCAGUCAGGCGCAUCCUGUUCUACCUGCUCCCAGGUGCAAUCCUGGCUGGUACUGGUCUCAUCACCUACGCUUUCUUUGAGACAGAGAGCAACUAUGCAUACCUGCACAGUCUGUGGCAUGUAUGUAUAUCUGGAUGUGUUCCCCUUGUUCUGCCAUCUAGGAGAAAGAAGGCUGCUGCAGCUAGCAAUGACCACUCAGAAGAGCUGUUAGAUGUGUCAGCUGAUUAUGUUCCUGAGCUGAGAUCAUACUCAGCUUCAGACAGUAUGUUGGACAAUAUGGAGUAAGUCUUAGCACACUGUUGUGUCCACAUUGAUAUUGCUAUGCUUGUAAGUUGGCAUUCAAAAGGUGAACUGUACAGGCAACUGUCUAUGUAAGUUUUUAUAAUCACACUGUUUGGGUACAAGCAUGGGUUGCUGUUACAAGGAAAAUCAGGGUCAAGCAAUUUUUAAAACAUUUUUCUGAGAGUUCUCAAUGUUUGUAUUAUUCUGUAAUUUUCUUAAUGUCUGUUGGUUUCAUAUGGUGUCUGUUGAAGACUUUGUCUUACUUCCAGGUGAAGAUAAGAAGUGAUGACAUAACGUUACAUUGGACAUCAUUGGUUUUUUAUAUGCUAGUAUCUGCCACCAGGGAUUUUAACAAAAUUACUAUUAUCAAACUACAUGUACAUAUGAAUUCAUUGGUGAAUUUAUGUACUAAGUAUGUUUUUUUGCUGUAUAUGUGUCUUUUCAUGAAUACAUGUAGUAGUUUGUAUAGAUAGAUGAAGGAAUGUUGUAAAUAUACUGUCUUUAGAAUUGUCAGUUAAGCAUUUAUAGAACCCACCAUACUGGUACUUAGGAAUGACAUGUCAAGUAAAUGUGACAUCUUUGGAACAGCCAGGAUAUACAACUGUCACUCUGACAAAAUGACAUAAAAUGCUUUUAGAAGUUUGUAGGUAACUGUGCUGAAAUAAGUGGAUUGUAAAUAUUUUUGGUACAAACAAGGUGUAUAUGAUUUAUCAACAUCUGACUUACCUGUGGUCAGGAAGUGAAUAUCUACUUGCUACAUCUGACUUAAUGGUGCAAUGUAACAGUGAAUCUUUGACAUGAAAAUUACUGUAGCAUAAAUGCUGUACAAACUUCAGUGUUGUGGAAAAAAUGGUAACAAUUUUGAUACAAAUGCUUCUGUUACUACUUAUGUUUCUGACCUUUACAUCCUAAUGGCAAGUUGGGAAUGACGAUGUGCAUACUUGCUGCUAAUUUUAUCCGUUUUGAUCCAUCUAUCUGGUCAUCAGGUGAUGGAAGUAAGAUAAGUGAUGUACAUAUUCUGUAAGUAGUGAAAAAUAAGGAGUUACAAUUGUCUUUUGUUACAAAUACAGGUUCAUGUGUUCAGGUCUUUUCAUUAUGCAUGUACAUGAAUAAUUUAACUUUAGG